UGUCCUUUGCCCUCAUUUCCCCAAGGCUGUUAAUUAACAAGCCGCCAGAGCCAGUGAAUCACAACAGUUGUAAAGAGCUGGAAUAACUCGGUGCUUUUGGAACGUGCACAGGGUGUUUUGAGGGUCUGCGGUGGCCAUAAGUAUGCCACGAUCUAGCCUCUGUUAACAGGCCAGAAAGAGAGAGUCUAAAACCCCUUUCUUACUAAAGCCGUGUGAAAAAUGGAGGCUAAUUGUUUUGAUGUUCAGCAUGCGGCAGGGUUUGCUCUCAGGGGUGGGUGAGAAACCAUCCGAACAGAAGACACACAGCGCGUUUCCAAACACAGUUCAGGGCAGAUGCCACAGAAACUCCCUUUCCGCUCAUAGCACAGGUGGAGUUUGUCCAAAGAAUAUUCAAACUAUCCCAACAGGACACAAGACAAUAGAAGCCAGGCCUUUUCUAUUAUUCCUUUGGAUUGUUUUUAUAGCGUUCUAUGCAAUGCUGUAAAUGUUAUUGAGCACGGCCCUGAUAUUUUGCAUGAGGAGGCAGCCUAUAAAUGCUUUUCGAAAAAUAUAUAAAUGAAUAAAAAGCCAAAAAAAGGUUUCCUUAAGGAACCUGGGGGCUGCCUGAAUAUCUGGCAUAAUAAAGGGUUUGUGGGGCAGCAAAUUCUCUAUUACACCAGUCUUAAUUCAUUUAUAGUCGAGAUGGAAAAGGAGUCGGGGGGGGAUACCUGAAGUAUUAUAUACACUAUUAUUUUUAUUUUUUUAAAAAGCUCAGUUUUGGCCAUUUUGAAGAAAUCAAAAGGACUUCUGGGGAAGGAACAUCAUAUUAAUUGAGAGUUUUCUAGAAAAUGUGUCAGUUGGCCAGAAGAAAGGAGAUCUUUUGAACGUUUCAGGGGUCCUGUGAUGGUCAUUUGUUUUAACUGUUCUUAAUUUUGAAUUUCAAACUGUUGAAACCCGCCCUGCAACCUGCUGGUCAAGGUGUGGGGUGUGUGUGUUAAUAAACUUAAUUGUCAUUAUGAUCAUCAUCAUAACUGGGGUGUGUGGUAAAACAAGAGGUGGGGGAAAGGCAGCAUUAAUAAUAAUAAUAAUAAUAAUAAUAAUAAUAAUAAUAAUAUGAUGUUAUGUGGGGAAUUGUGUUGACAACCAUCUUGGCUACUCUGCAACUAGGAGAAAGACAAGUGGGAGGGGGGUAAACAACCACAAAAAAUCUGAUAAUAUACCAAUUACAUAAACUGCACAUAUUUUAAAAUGUUAACAGUUGAUAAGAUUGGUGGUUCCGCUGCUCUGACCUUUUCUCCUCAGAGACUGAGGGGGGCAGCUCUUGACAUCACUAUGCAAACAGGAGGAAGGAGAAACUCUGCAUUUUUCUCCUUAUGUUUUUAGUACUUAAUACUUUCAGUUCUCCUCCCUCUUUCCCCUGAAGUCCUGCUCUCUCUCUCCUUUUCCCAUUUCUGCUCUUUUCUCUCUGGAAUUAAAAGUCCGAAGGAGAGAGAUUUAUCUCCUUUUGCUCCCCACCCCCAAAGAAUCUCACAGGAAAGGAGAAACGCUGAAAGCCUGAAGGAAUUCCCGUCCCCCUCACCCCCAACUUUAAAAGUCUUGUGCUAAUUCUUAAAAAUACCGAGUGCUUUAGAAAUACUUGUAAAUAAAUAAAUAGUGGGUUUAGGCGCUAUUUCUGUCUUUCUCUCCCUUGUCAGCCUUGUGCCACCCUCACUUUCACCUCAUGAUAGUGGAGUCAGGCAUUUUCCCGCCUUUUUUACCUCAUGCUUUGGCACUCCAUAACUAAGCAAUUUAGGCACUUUUCCUGCCUUUUCCUCAGAUAACCAUUUCUCUAAAUGAAUUUAAGCACCCCCACACACAUACUUUCUUGCCUUUUGUAACCCCUGCCAGCAUCAAAGCUUAAGUGUUUUCCCGCCUUUUCCACUUUUUCCACCUCAUGCUACCUAACGGAUUUAGGCCCUUCCCUGCCUCCUUCUCGUCCCCCUCAUUAACCUGAUUUUAAUGGAUUGUAGGCAAAUUAUUUUCUCGCUACCUUCCCCUUUCAGCUAGAUUUAGGCACUCUUCCACUAUUCUCCCUCAUCAGCGUUGCACUGAUAGAUAUAGGCACUUUCCUGCCUUUUUUUCCUCUGUCAGGUUUGCGUUUAGGCUUUUCCCUCCACCCACCGCCAUUUUUCUUGCACGGAGCCAUCAACCUCAAGCAAAUGGGUUGAGGCACUUUCUUGCCUCCUCCAUUAGCCUCGUGCUUGUAGACAGAGGCACUUUACGAUGCCAGCAACAGAUGACCUUUUUAUGUUUGCAUUUAAGCCUAGUUUUUCCUCAUGAUUUUUGUUUUCCAGCCAGCCUGGUCACCAGUUCUGAUUCUGUCCUCACCCUUGCCUUUUAAAAUCUCAUUAUUCUUUCUCUUCAUGUGUGUUUCUGCUAAAAAAUAAGACUCUUGUAAUUUAGUCAGUCCUUUAAUUCCCCCUCCUUCCCCUGCAGCUAGAGAGUUGUACACAUAUGCAAAAAUGUGACUUAAACACACACGGGAGAAAGCAAUCCAACAUGUUAAAACAAAACUGAGCUUGGUUAGAAACUAGAAAUUCCAGGUUGUUUUCCCCCUCCCCCUGCGCCCAGAAAAACCCUCUCAAUUGCAUUGUAAGACAUGAUUUAUAGCUCUUCUCCUAAACUUUUAUUUUUCCCAUAUACAGCCUUGCCAGCCACAGAAGUUAUGAAAGCUUGGAUGUGUAUUUAUACACAAAGUGAAUGACGGGAUUAUUUUUAUUCUGCUUAAACUAGGUAACAGUUUAAUCUCAUCUCACUCUGUUCUACCUAGGUUUGCAUGCUAUCCUUCAUUUUUAAUGGACAUUAGUGCACGUGGUUCUCCUCUCAUUUUAUUAUCACAACAACCCUGUGAGGUUGGUUAGGCUGAGAGACAGUAACUGGCCCAAGGGUCCCUCAGUAUUUUCCUCAAAAAAAUAUUUUCCAGUUGCAUUUUUUAAAAAAAGAAAAUGCACAAAAAUGGUCACCGUAGGGUUGUAGCCAGUGUUUGUCCUAAGACUUAUUGGAAUUCAUGAUCAAGACUUAGAUCAAUUAAUUUCAAUGGGUCUACGAUGAAGAAAACUUAGUUGUUAUUAAUUAUUGAAUUUACAUAUCACUCUAGACCGGGAGGUCUCAGGGAGGUUGACGGAACAAAAUCAAAUUAUAAAACCACAAAAUAUAUAAUCAAAAUAAAAACAACAAACCAAUAACCCAGCGGGUUGGAUGCAGCCCAUAAUAUCUACCUGUUAUAUUUAUCAGUCACCUCGUGCAAAAAGCCUCAAGGUGAUGCGCAGUCUCAUAUGAAAAAAACAUUAAGCACAAUUAAAAUGACAGCGAUUCAAUCAUGGAGCCAAUGUCCUAAACAGACAAUGCACCCUGGAUACCAAAUCAGCUUUUUCUGUCUAUGUGUAUGGAGCACUGUGUGCCCUAAAUAUUUUUACACGUCUUUAAAAUAUUUAAAUAUGAUUUUAUUAAAUGUAUCUUUUUUCUUACCGAGGAGUUUGCAAAUAAUAAGCAAACAAAUAAACGUUUAUAAUGAAUCCUGAUGUUACCUGUUUGAUCAGUAGAGUAUUAUCUACGCAGCAUACUGGUGGGAACUUUGCUUGUUGUGUGUUUGCAUCUAUAUAAUGGGUAGGCAAACUAAGGCCCGGGGGCCGGAUCCGGCCCAAUCGCCUUCUAAAUCCAGCCCACGGACGGUUCGGGAAUCAGCGUGUUUUUACAUGAGUAGAAUAUGUGCUUUUAUUUAAAAUGCAUCUCUGGGUUAUUUGUGGGGCAUAGGAAUUCAUUCUUUUUUUCCCUUCAAAAUAUAGUCCGGCCCCCCACAAGGUCUGCUGAAAAAGUUUGCUGACCCCCAAUCUAUAUAUUAUAUUUUUAAAUUUAGUACAAUCUUGUUGUAAACUACUGUGCUUAAAUAAUGCACUACAAUUCUCUUAAAAGCAAUGCUUACAUCACCCCUGGGAAAAGACGAGUGCUCAGUCAUUUAUCUUUUUGUGUGUGUGUCUAGGUAUUGUGGAAGGAGAAAUGAAGAGGACUUUAACUGACAGUUCAAACCGCUCUACUGCAGGUAUCAAUAUUGCACUAGUACUGAAUUUGAAAAUUAUUCCGAUGACUUGAUGAAAUGCCUGUCAUGGUGGUUCAGGUGGGGGAACUUUAGAGAUCCAGGGUAGGAUGUACAGCAAACGUGUGGCCCUCCAGACAUCUCUACCUGGCCCUAGGGACUCUCUCCAGGCCAUAACCUCUGUCCUCAAGCCACACUCCUCACUAGACCUGCCCUUGAGGGUUUGAAAUACUGGAAGUACAGUAUCUGCGGCCUUCUGUGGCAUUUCUGCAUGCGGGAGGUGGCCUUUGCAGGUGGGGGACAGUUCAAACUCUGCCUCAGAGCAAACUGUUAGCUUGUGUUUGUGUGUGAGAAUCAAUACAAAUAAUGUUAUGAGAAUAAUAUCAUAACAUAAUAUACAUAUUAUGUUGUAACUUCGCAUUUUAGGCUACUUACCAGUCCCACUGUUCAAUCAGAAAAAAAGGAACAGGCAACCACUCACUUCAAACCCACUUAAAAAUGAGCUAUUUACCACCAAACCAUCUGAAAAUGUGGAUUAUUCUGCCAUGCUAGCUGGUAAGUGGAGGACAAUAUUGUGUUUGUGUUUGUGUGUGUGUGUGUGUGUGUGUGUAAAAUACACAAUUAUACAACUGAAAUAUCUGCAGGUCGCAGGACUACUUUCUUGUCUUUACUAAUUAUGUGGAACGCUGACAUUUAAACAGGAGUUCUUGAAACUCUGCCCUUUUUUCUUUCAGUUCAUAUCAUAGGUCCAUGUUACAGGAAAGGAGAAUUUCGGGCGCACUAUUGUAGAAGAUAUAUCUGUCAUCUCUAAUAUGCUUGAAAAGGCUACUGUGCAGAAUUUCUGCCAGGAUUAAUUACUAUAAUAAUAACAGUUAAUCCUAUUUUAUGCUGGUCAAAGGGGAGGGGGAGCUUUCUUAGCAAAGAAACUUCUACCUCUCAAUUGCCUUGUGGUUUCAAAAUGCUGCCUUUGGAAAAUGGUAAUGUACAACAGUGCAACCGUAAAAUAAUUGCUUACCUAGCUUUUCUCAAGAAGUGCAUUCAAUUUGGACCAUGCAAACUACUGACGCAGAAAUAGGAAACCGAUAGAUUACACCGACAACUGCUUAUAAACAAUUAUAUUAAGAGAGCACAAGUUUGGCUGUGGCUAUUAGCCAUGUUCAGUCAAUGUACCUCCAAUUUCCAGAUGCUGGGCGGAAACAAAGCAGGAGAUGAUUGUUGGCUUCAUGUCCUUCUUCUGAGCCUCCGGGGAUUUCUGAAUGGCCAUUGAUGGAGGCAGCAUGUUGAAAUAAAUAGAUAGGCCCUGACAUCUGAUCCAGCCAGGACUUAUAUCACUGGUGCCCUUUAAAUGUUACAGGAGUGCUGUAGGGAAAGUACCCAUGUGAUCAACCCAGCCCACAUGUCUGCAGGGCUGUCAGCUUCAAGAGGAAUGCUGUGAAAGAAUCCGGGGGAGGGGGGGGAUGCCUCCCCUUGUGCUUGUUAUUUAUUUUACUUAUUUAUUUCCAAGCGGGACCUGCAACAAAAUGUUGCAUUGUAAAAUUCUCGUAUUCAGGGUUUCUGGCCAGAAAGGCAGCCCUUUUCUCAGAUACAGUGGUACCUCGGGUUAAGUACUUAAUUCGUUCCAGAGGUCCGUACUUAACCUGAAACUGUUCUUAACCUGAAGCACCACUUUAGCUAAUGGGGCCUCCUGCUGCUGCCGCGCCGCCGCAGCACAAUUUCUGUUCUCAUCCUGAAGCAAAGUUCUUAACCUGAAGCAGUAUUUCUGGGUUAGUGGAGUCUGUAACCUGAAGCGUAUGUAACCUGAAACGUAUGUAACCCAAGGUACCACUAUACUCCAUUUCAUUCUUUAUUCUGUCUUCCUGGUUUUCCAUUCCUGCCACCCCUCCGCCUGACACUCAGCAUUCCUUUCCCCCUGAGCAGGCUCGAACCUCCAUCAGCCACAUUUCUGAGACUGCUCACAAUAAAUAAUUAAGAACAUAAACAUAGCAAAUCUAUUGGAAAAUGACAGAUAUGUCUAUCCCUAACCUGUAAUAACUUUCACCAUUAGAAGGGCACCUGAGAGCUCUUAUUUUGGACAGUUAUUGUCACAGUUCAAAGUUUCAUGGGAUUCCAGGCACACAUGGAGAUUACUGUGAAAGAUGAAAGUGCAAUUAUCUUCAGUGUUGGAGAACUGGAACUUGAAGCACUACUAGUUCAGGGUGGGCAUGUGAUGGAAUCCACAACACUGCGAUUAUGAGGAGUGCAAAUGCAAUUCGCAUGUAUAUAUUUUUUCAAGCUCACAAACAACAUAUUACCAACAUCAUGAACUUGAUUUCAAUUAACUGUGCCCUUUGACUUUUUAAGAUUUUGAAUGGGAAACUGCAAAGCCAGAACCAACUCGAUUACAGAAAACAAUGUAUGUAUGGAAAAAAGGAACACAUCUUAAAUAUAUUAAUCCUCCUCACUGCAAGUAUAUUUUAUACAGUUAUAUUCCUGUAAUUAUAUUUAUUUUAAAAUUAUGGAAACUGAUACUGUAUGAUUACACAUAUGAUUUUUACAAGCAUCUGUCUCUUCAUCAUGCAGUGUAAGCUCUAAAAUUAUGUCCUUAAAGCCCAGCAGAGCUUCCUGUUCCACCUUCAGUGUUAAGACACCCAAACGCACCAACAUCAGCUGUAUCACAAGCAGGAAAGAACUUCAACAACUGGAGGUUGGUUGCAUCCCCCAAAGCGUACAACUGCUUCCAGCUGAGGUCAUAAUAUCAUUUGACAUGAAACUUUGCUUCAUUGGAAUCCCUCCAGGUGGAUUUUGGAGUUAAACCUUUUUGUGCUGAUGAAACAAUUCACUCUGCCUAUGCUUCAAGUUCUGCCCUUUGGACAUGAACUAGAAAUGCAGCAUGGGUGGGGAGGAAUUCUGUAAAAAUUUAAGGUGCAACAACAUGCAGAGGUUAGACUAGAUCACUAGUCUUCAAUUGGUGGGUUGGAACCCACUGAUGGGUUGCAGCCUGAUCCAAUGUAGGUUGCAACAGAAGAAGAAGAAAAAAAGUUUGGACUUGAUAUCCCUCCUUUCACUCCCCUUAAGGAGUCUCAAAGUGGCUAACAAUCUCCUUUCCCUUCCUCCCCCCACAACAAACACUCUGUGAGGUGAGUGAGGCUGAGAGACUUCACAGAAGUCUGACUAGCCCAGGGGUCAGCAACCUUUUUCAGCCAUGGGCCAGUCCACCGUCCCUCAGACCAUGUGGUGGGCCGGACUAUAUUUUUUUUUGAGGGGGGGAAUGAAUGAAUUCCUAUGCCCCACAAAUAACCCAGAGAUGCAUUUUAAAUAAAAGGACACAAUCUACUCAUGUAAAAACACGCUGAUUCCCGGACCGUCCGUGGGCCGGACUGAGGCGGCGAUUGGGCCGCAUCCAGCCCACGGGCCUUAGGUUGCCUACCCCUGGACUAGCCCAAAGUCACCCAGCAGCUGCAUGUGGAGGAGCGGGGAAGCGAACCCAGUUCCCCAGAUUACGAGUCCACCACUCUUAACCACUACACCAUGCUGGCUCUACUACCAUGCAAAUAUAUGGGAAAAGAUUAAGUAUGGCCAACGGUCAGGGUUGAUGGGAGCUGGAGUCUAGUAACAUCUGGAAGACCCCACAUGGGCUCUCCCUGUUCUAGGUAUUUCUGGGAGGAAUUAGAGGAAAGGAUUUCAAAAUGCUGUUGGGUUUCUAAAUGCUUGUAUACAUAUUUUGAUAUAUUCAAGCCAUAUCAACUAUUUUCACUGCAGACUAGAGGAGAGAAACAACACUUGGAAAAGAAACAACUUCCCAGCUUUGGGCAGUGGAACAGACAACAGGAAGGGUUCACAGCUUGACAACAGUCCAGAGUGUUUGAUGGGAACUGGAUCAAAGCAACAGAAAUCAGCUGGCUAUUCGCAUGGUAGCAAGGCAGGAGGAGCAGAACAAAGCUAUCCAGCCACAGCCCAGUGGCCAGCUGGAAAGAACACAGUGCCGAGGGGCCCACAGGGUCAGAGUACAUCGUAUACAUUUAAACCCAGCCCUUUACAACAAAAAGUUAACGAGAAAAAAGCUGAUAGUGCUCAAGAUGUCAAAAUCGUUCAGGUAACAUUAUAAUACACAUGUAUUUAAAAAAAAAAAUGUUUGUGUGUUCCCCUUCCCACAAAACCUAUGUGGGUCUCCAAUGCUAGUCCUACUCAGAGUAGGCCCACAGAAAAGUAAUGAGCAUGACUAACACUGGCCCAUUCAUUUCAAUGGCUCCACACCGAGUAAAACUUUGUUGGAUGGGACCUCUAAUCUUAAGUAAUCUGCAACUUAAGACAGUGGUUGACUUGUAAAUUAUUUUACAUCAUUCAAUAAAAUCAAAUUGCUUCCUCAGCUGAAUUACCUGUUUCCACCCACCCCACCCACUUUUUAGCAUAUUGUAUACCUUUUUAAAAAUGGGGUUUAGAUUUGGGUAUGAGACAACCACAUAAAACAUUUUGCAAGGAGCUACCAAGAAAAUUAACCCAAACAGAGUUACACCCAUCCACCCAGUGCUGCUGGGUUAAGUGAUCUGCUCUCAUAACUCAGAUCAAUCACCAAGAGUUAAGACAAGAUGCUUAACAUCAAAGAACACCUGCUGAAUAAAGCAGCUAAGUUUUUCUGCCAUGCAGUUUCACAGAACCCAAUGAAAGUUCUUUUAAGGACUCAGCUAGAUUGGUAAAGAAAAAAUGAUUUAUAUGUGUUGUAUAUGUGAUAUAACACUGUUCCACCAGAUGGUGCUGUGGAGUCCCAUUUUUCCCUACGGGAUUUCCCUGUGUAAAUUAACAACGCAUUUAACGGAAACGCUUCUUUGAUGUGUCUAGAUCCAGUCUAAGAAUAAGGGGGUGGGGAAAAACAUUCAAGAGCUUCUGAGCAUGUUCAAACUGUGAGCAUGCGGCUGACUUUGAGCAUGGCUGAAUGAAAACCAUGCAGGCACAACAUCUUGUUUCAACUUUCUGAGCUAGAGAAGAACUUAUGGAGGAAAAUGGUGCUCAGUUCAUAGUACAGCUGACCAUUACAUGCUGGACAAAUUUCUCUACCAAACCAGGUCUUUGGGGGGCAUAUGAGUUGUUCAUCUUGUGCAGGAGUGAUUUGUUCAGAUCAUUUCUCACUAAGAGGUCUAGUGGCCUCCACACUAGUCCUUGAAAUUGCCCUGGAAUGAGUACAGUAAGCCCACAACUUAUGUGAGAGUUCGGUUCCUGGGAACUGUGUGCAAAUGAAAAAAUGCAUAAAGCCAGGAAGGCCCCUUAAGCAACCUGUAUAAAACCAAACAUAAAAAACCCAGCACUUACCAGCUCAGACUACCUUCCCCUUGCUCACAGGCCAGCUCCACUUGCUCUCUGUGCUUUUGCUUGGCCCUAUCUUACUCUCCAACUGUGACAACAGCUGAACACUCUCCCAGGCUGAGUGCAAUGGCUGAUCGGAUUGCCAAUUGUCAUUUCCUGCUCUCCCAACUCCUUCUGACAUUUUUUCUACUCAUAUUUUGAUUUCCCUCAUUUUUCCAAUUUAUUUAUUUAUUGAUCAACCUGUGUAAGUUUGUGAUCGCCUAAGAAAAGUGAGUGUAAGUUGCAGGCUUACUGUACCUCAAAAACUGCUUUGCUCAUCCAUUCAGGGCAGAAACAUGAAGUCCAUUUUACAUUCUCACUCCCCACACCCACUGGAUCUCAAAAACAAAGUUGCAUAUGACAGAAAAACAUUUAAAAAUAUAUAAUUCCAAGUAUUGGAGCAGGAACUCACCACUGUGCAAAGGUCUUUAAUUGCCUCAAGUUCUCUUUUUGUUUUCCUCUUCUGUGUGAAAGAAAUGGCCAGCGGCGUUUCAAGCAAAACUGCAGGAAAAAGACAAUUCUCUCAGAAUUAUAUCUGUAGUCAUUGAAAGCAUGAAACACUGGAGUCAGUAUACGAAUAAAGUGCCACUGUUAUUUGAGGUCUUGGGUAAGUACAACAGUGUAUUGUUUUUUUCUACACAGAAUGCUGGUGCCAGGAUGCCAAGCACAGACAAUUAAAUAUAUAUUUCAGACCACAGCAUCAGCUGCCUGGGACCCAGCACCCUAAGCAAGGCACGUUGCUGACACCUAUCUUGCUGCCAACAUGCUUUGCAUUUUUUUUCUCAGCCUGGUGCUCCCAGCAGACCCAGGAGCUGGGCCAAGGCAUUGUUUUACUUUGUUGCAAUGCCUCAGAGCAGGGGUGGGAAACCUUCUAACUCCCGAGGGCCUCUCAUUCCCUUCUGGGUAAGCUUCCAGGGGCCACAUGCCAGUGGUAGACAGGGUCAGAGGCAAAAGUGAGCAGAGCAACAGUUGUAAAUUUUACCUCGGUACUGUAGGCUAAUAUCAGCGCAUACUCAGACAGCACCUCCUUCCAGCCACCCAGAGUGUCUGGGGCAACCCAGCUAGAUGGGUGGGGUAUAAAUAAUAAAAUCAUCAGCAUCAGCAUCCAGGCGAGUAAAGAGGUAUUAUCAGAGUUCAAGGACACAUUUCCAGCUGAGCAAGAAUACCCAAGGAGGGUGCAAGGCAGGGCUGGUGAGGGGCAUGGUUUGGCAAGAAGGGGUCUGGCCUAGGAGGUUCCCCACCCCUGGCUCAGAGGAACACUGCUUUGGGGCAAGUGUAAACAAUGGCUAGAUCCAACUGCCCAGUGCUGCUUGGGGCACUGCAAGUGCCCUCUACUCCCUGUCACUGCUGCCAGCAAACUCAACAAGAGGGCACUUUGCACAGGUCUACCUCGGACCUGAGAAUCGUGUCUAGAUCCUGUGUGAAAGCAUACAACCUUCCAGCUCUCCAAUUCUAUGACACAUUACCUGAGCUUCACUCACAGGGCCGGCUCUAACAUUAGACAGAGUGAGGAAGCUGCCUCAAGUGGCAGAUGCUGGGAUGGGUGGGUAUGGAGAACAGCAGCAAAGUGUUGGAGGACGGAACUGUGGAUGCCACACAGCCUGAGCUAACCCAUAGAAUUCAAAUUGUAGUACCCUAGAAGAAUAGAUUGUCAUCCCACUUCCAUCUUUGUACAAAAUCAACCAAACAGACCUUUACAAAAAGCCGUUUAUGUUAUCGUAGGACACCAUGGGAUACAAUUGUUAGUGUAAUCCUGCUCUAUAUAUUUAGGCGUCCUGGAUUCUGCAGUCACCCCUGGGCAGUACGGGGCCAAGACUUUCCUGUUGAGAGACGGGAAGGAGAGCAUGCCAUGUGUAUUCUAUGAGAUUGUAAGUGUUUUGCAUGUUUAUUCAAUCGUGUACUAUAUGUGCUACAGAAGCUACCACUUCUAUUGCAAUAAACACCUGUGCACCAUUGAUACAAGUAGAGGGAUUGAGGCCAUGCCCAGCAGGAUGAUCAAUCAGGGAGCUUCACAGGUUCCCCGAGUGUUCACCCUGUUUUUCUUUCAUAAGUCAUUACACAUGUCAAAUGCAUACUCAUGGAAUAUGUGGUCAGUCCUAAAAUUUCACUGAUAUACAAGUAGCAUAUAAAAAUAUUUUCAAAACAAAUAUUAUUUCUGUAGAUUAUUCCAGUUUAUUUUGACAGCGGAACAUUUAACACCUAUGCAAACCACUUAGAGGUUACGGAUGAUCAAGCAAUAUAUAAAUCCUGUUAAAUAAAAUAAACACCUUACAUUGACAUUUACCAGCCUUACCAUUGCAACUGUAAUUCUCCAUAAACCAUUUUUUAAAUAAUAAUAAAAACUGAAACAGCUUUGUUGAUAUGAGUUAGAUUGUGGGAAAGAAGCAUGAAGCUGUUGUUUAACUACAACAAAAAGGAGAAUUCCAAUGUUACUGUUACUUUAAAGGAAGGAUAGCCAAUGUGUUGCCCUCCAGAUGCCACUGGGCUCCAGCUCCCAUCAUUCCUGACCACUGGCCAUACUGGCUGUUUGCACUGAUUGGGAAUGGAGUCCACAAGCAACUGGAGGGCCCCAUGUUGGCUCUCUCUGUCCAUUGCUUAGUAUUUCAUGCUAAGGGUUGGGAGGUCUUACCUCUUAUUCUUCUUGCAUAACAGGACCGGGAGCUGCCAAGGUUAAUCAGAGGUCGAGUCCACAGAUGCAUGGGAAACUAUGACACAAAACGCAAAGUCUUCAAGUGCGUCUCCGUCAGACCUGCAACGGUUCCUGAACAACAAACUUUCCAGAAUUUUGUCAAAAUUGCAGACACUGAGAUGAGCAAAUAUGUCAAAACAAGCAACGAAGUUUAACUUACACACAUAUACUAGGAACCAUAAUAUGGGCGUAAUGCGAAAUAUUUGCUAAAGCUCAUAUUUUCAGCACCGAUAUGAAAGCAUCACCAUAACAUGUUACCUAAAAUAAAGUAGUUCUGGUUUACAUCCGU